AUGGACUCGAGGUGCACCAAGUUCUGGGAAGAUGGCCAGGCGCUGGUGGCCGCCGUCUCCGUCCCCGACGCCGCCGCAAAGAUGGACACAACGCAGGGCAAGAUCUUCAAGGAGCUGCGCACCAUGAGUCGCUUCCUGCAGCGCAACCAGAGCCAGCGCUUCAGUGACGCGGCGCAGCAGAAGCUCGUGGACUGCGUGGGGCACUACGUGGGACUCGGCAAGCAGGGAGGAGCCAUGCUGCCAGUGGCCGAAGCCACGUUCCAGACGGUGAAGGACGGCCUCGCAAUGCCCUUCAAUGUGAUGGGCUCCAAGCAGAAGAAGCGGCUGCUGAAAUGGUACAACGAGCUCAUCGCAAUUGUUGGCGGCGACCCGGACGCGGCCAUCGCUGGCGAGGUGGAGGUCGUACCCAGCAUCGAGUGGAGCGUCAUGGACAUCGACGAGGACGGCUUCCUGUCGCUCAUGCAGGUGGAAACAGCAGAGACGAAUGAGAGCUUCCAGGUCAAGAAGAAUAGCGCAGAGUACAAACGCAUCAAGAAGGCGCUGGAGGACCGGGAAGUCAUCGUCGUCACGAGUGGAGACGACAUUGAAGAGAUCCGAGUCCAGGACGAGUGA